AUGGCUACAGCAGCGACAGCUGAUGAGGUGGUGGUGGUGAAUGUGCUUGCAUUCCUCACGAGUUCCAGCAACAGCAAGGAGGUGGCCAUCGUGAUUCUGGCCGGCCAUCGACAGAGCAGCGUUGCAGUGUGUCAUGCGGUGUUUGAUGAUGUGUCACUGUUGUUGCCAUUGCUACAGUGGGACAGAGCCAAGACAUGA